AUUCCUUCGUUUUAAAUGCUUUUUGAUCGUGUGGUGGUGUGUACAUCGGUCUUUGUCUUAGCUAGCUGCAGGUUAACCGUCAAAGCGCGCUAACCUUGUUAUAGCAUAUUUAGCAUGGUUUUUUGAAGUAGUCCGUUGAUUAGAUCGUUCUUAUUUCAGAGUGCGAAAAAAAGUUCGUUAAUGCACUCCAAGAAUUCAACAAGUUAAUAUGUUUAAUUAUUUUGCAGUAAAAAUAUAAGCACUAGCUAGUAGGUUAAAACACACCCAUCAGCUUGUUGUAUGCACGUUUUGUUAAGCAUAAUGUGAUUCACUUUCUUCACCGUUAAAUUGUUUUUGUCGAUAUCUAGACAAGAGUAAAAUAUGAUAACUACAGGGGCUAAAGAGACAGACCGAGGAGGUUCCUUUGACCUGAACCUAAACCUAAACAGAGAUUGACUCCAGUGUCCUUCUGCUCAUGACAGAUGAGCAGCUUAAGGAUUAUCUCCCAUCGUAUGGUGAUCGACUUGCACUUCUUGGAUAUUGCAGACGGAAGGAAAAUGAUCCUGCUGGCCGAAAAUCAAAACUUUUUGACCGAUUGAGAGCCAAGAUUUCAAGGAACAAAGGCAACGAUCAGAAGCAGGUCUCUGAAAAUGUUAGCAUCAGAAAUGCUCAAAAAAGUAUCUGAAAAGUUGAGAUAGGAUGGCUGAAUUCUCGAGAUGGGAAGUUUUUUCAAGUUAGGACAAAGAAAGGUGGUGGAACAAGAAAAAUUGAUGUGUCAAAGGACUGCAGAAAAAAUUAGUUAAUUGAAAAGGCAGUGGGUUUGUUUUUUCUGUCUCAAAGAAAUUCACAGGGAAGAAUUACAGAUUUUGAGGUUGACAUGACAGAUUUUCAGGAACAUUCCACUUGAUCAACAUAUUACCGUUGGAGAACUUUAUGAACAGACAAAACUACCUGUUUUGCGAUUUUACCUAACAACCAAAAAGAAGGACAUUGGCAGUGACUCAGAACCAGACAACCCCAGUGGAAAUGAACAAGGAGCUUUAAGUUUUUCUACUCACUCUCAGGUUUGCACACCACUGACUCAAUCCAAAGCACCAGACAGUGUUGAUGUCAUAUAUGUUGGAACCAGCAGUGACCUGACAAACAGCAGCAGUGAUAAUGUUAACCUAGUUUACUCUACUGAUGACAUGGGUGAUUUGUCCAAUGUCCAAGAGCUAGAUGCAGCAAUCAAUGUUGACAUUUUAGAAGACAGUGGCACUGUUACCUUUUUCACAGGACACAUUUCUAACACAGAUAGUCUCAGUCUUGAUGACACCCUUCCGCUGUCUACACAGUCAUCUAGUCCAGGGCUUUCUUCUUUACACUUUGAUUCUUUGGACGAGCCCAUUGUUCAGAGAGAAGGGAUUAAAAAAAUCCUUGUUCUUCACCGUGGCCAAAUCCUGAAAGAACUAAUUUCACAUUUUUGUGAUCUAAGUGUCACUCAGGAGGACAUAUGUAUUCAAGUGGUGCUUCCUGAUGGAAGGCGAGAAAAGGCUGUUGAUGAUGGAGGAGUUUUGAGGGAUGUCCUCUCUGAGUUUUGGCAGGACGUUUAUGAACAGUGCACAAUGGGCAAUAACUUUAAGGUGCCCUACUUGCGUCAUGAUUUUGGACAGCAACAAUGGGAAAGCAUUGGCCGAAUCAUUGCCUUUGGCUGGCAAAAACAGAAGUACCUGCCUAUAAAACUUGCUCCAGUAAUACUGGAACAAGCAGCUCUUGGUUGUAUAAAGAGUCCUCUUGUUGAUAGCUUCCUAAGGUAUGUUACAGAGUCCGAUCGAAUGGUGUUUGAAUCUUGCCGUUCAGAUUUUCGGAGUGUGGACAGAGAAGAGCUUCUGGAAAUCAUGGAUCUCCAUAACUGUCGAAGAGUACCAACAGCUGAUAACAUUGAGCUACUACUUGAGGAGCUUGCCCACCAAAAGCUCAUUCAGGAACCUGCCUUUGUUAUUGAGCAGUGGAGCACUGAGCUUUCCCCGCUGAGGUCAGAGAUGGAAAGUAUUACAGCUGCAUAUGAAAAUCACCAACCAACUUUAAGAAAGGUUAUACGUUCAGUUGUAUAACCCUGCAGUCAUGAAUGCACAGCAGAAAAACAUCAGCAGAUAUUUAAGUUCUUAUCUCAGAGAAUCAGACACACAGCACCUGUCACUUUUUCUUCGGUUCUGCACAGGAUCUGAUUUGUUUCUUCAAAAACCCAUCAGUGUUAGUUUCACUCAACUUCAAGGUAUUCAGAGACGGCCAGUUGCCCACACAUGUGGUUGCUACCUAGAGUUGCCAGUUAAUUAUGAUAACUAUCCAGAGUUUCGACACGAAAUAAACAAGGUCCUAGAAAGUAGUGUAUGGGUGAUGGAUAUAGUGUAACAGACUUCAGUUGAAGAACAUGUGACUAAGGAUAUUUUUUGCAUUAAACUUUCAAAGUUUAGCAUAGUCUUAAAAACUGUUUUUUAGCUCAUCUUACCUCCACGGUGUUUCUAUUUUGCAUUGUAUUGUUCUCUAGAGUAUUUAUAAGACCAGCAAUGUCACAGUAGGCACUCUCCUACCGGCGUUUAUGUUUUAUUUCUGUUAAAAGUAAUCCAAAGUUAAAGUUUAAAACAUAAAUUUGAGUCGGCUGUAAAAUUUAUUUUCUCAAUAUUUUUGGGUUUGAUAAAUGUAGAUACUAUAAUUUUGUUUUACUUUUAAUCAUUUUACUUGAGGCCGCAAAAGCUGGUUAAUUCCACAGUUAAAAAUACAAUAUGGCCGCCACGCUUGUAAACAAGCAGCUCUUAGGUGUAUAAAUCAUUUAUGAAUAAUUUCUGAUGUUUUCUUAUAUUAUUCACCUACUUUAAAUGUUCAGUGCAUGAACAUGUUGCUACUCUGUUUGAAUAUAGUUCUGGAACAAAUGGAGUAAAGUGUUUUAUUUACCCUUAUUUGUGAAAAUUUGUUUUUGUUUACUCAGCAUUUUAUUUAUAUUGCUGUUAUAAGUAAGCAUAACCUUAAAAUAUCUUCAAUAACAGAUUGGUGCCAUUGCAGUACAUCAAUAUCAGAUUUAACCAGAAAACAACUGAGAAAGAACACUUUUUUUUUCUUUUUUUACACCUUGAAGCAUUGUCAUUAUUUUUUUAAAUUAUUUAAAAAAAAAAUCUUCUGUAAAGUCUUCCGUAAUGGCUAUUUAGAGACUUUUUUAUUAUUUUGAAGUACAAUAAACCACUUUCUCAGUUUAUAAGUGUGAUU